GCUUCUUCUCACUUAUCGAAUUGAAUCUUGAUAUGAUCACCCCAAAAGAGAUGGCUCUGUGGCUCUCGCUAAACCAAACAUAGCAGCCAAGGUGUCAAUCCCCCAUCACCGCCGUUAUCUGCAAAUGAGAGCCAACGAUGUUCAUCCGAAGAUAGCGUGUGCCGCACGCCGACAUACUCCAUAAGCAACCCACAGACUGUAUCGCUGCGGAGUAGUGAGUGUGGAUUUGAUCCCUCUACGGAGCAGGUAUUUGGAAAAUUUUCACUGGUUUUCAUCAGAGGUCUCUCGAUCAAAUUUCAUUUGAAAGUUUCUUACUCUCGCAAACCCUCUUGGCCAUUUCCGCUCUCUCCUGUGACCAGCCAGCGCACUCUGCAGCUUAUCCAUGCAGGCCACGGGCGAAAACAUUAACUUGUCCAGCUCCGUUCUUUUCUAGCGUGUCACGACAGCCCCCCAGGACCCUCGGUCUGGUGAAAGUCACAAUGGCAGAAUCACCCCAGCCAGAAAAGCGUGCAGCGGACUCGAACUUGGAAUCGCUAGGAUACAUUCCCGAACUAUCUCGCAACCGAUCAACAUGGCAGGUGAUAUUCAUGUGUUUUAUUCUUGCAUCGGUUCCAUAUGGCCUCUCCACUACCAUGAUGUACACUAUGGCAGGCGGCGGCUCAGCUAACAUGGUAUGGGGCUGGGUAGCUGUGUCGCUAAUCAUGUUGUGCGUGGCUGGAUCUUUAGCUGAGAUCACCUCGGUCUAUCCUACUGCUGGCGGUGUCUACUACCAGACCUUUGCCCUGUCACCCACGUGGUGUCGUCGGGUCACGGCAUGGGUUUGCGGCUGGUCCUACAUUGCAGGGAAUAUCACCAUCACGCUCGCAGUCAAUUUCGCAACGGCGCUUUUUCUUGUUGAAAGCCUGAACGUGUUCAAGACCGAUGGUGUUGGGAUCACGGAAAACUUUGAAACCUACCAGAGUUACCUUAUAUUCCUUGGGAUUACCCUGCUUUGCCAUGCUAUUUCCGCAUUUGGUAACCGAUGGCUGACACAUCUAGAGACUCUCGCCAUCUUCUGGACUCUCGGAGGAGUAGUCGCUAUCAUAGUAACUAUACUUGUCGUUGCAGCUCACGGCAGACGAUCUGCUGAAUGGGUGUUCACCAGUUUUGAGCCUCAGUCCGGGUGGCCCGACGGCUGGUCCUUUUGCAUCGGCCUGCUUCAAGCCGCCUAUGGUCUUUCAGCAUCCGGAAUGGUUACUUCAAUGUGCGAAGAGGUCCACAAGCCCGCCAUCCAGGUCCCCAAAGCGAUAGUCGGCGGAGUCGCCCUCAACUUUUUUGCCGGCAUUUGUUUCCUCAUCCCCAUCUGCUUCGUCCUCCCAGAUAUCCCUCUGCUAGCGAACCUCGUUAGUGGUCAACCCGUUCCGACGAUCUUUUUAUCUGCCACCGGAAACUCUGCCGGCGCCUUUUGCCUCCUGAUCCCACUCAUUCUUCUCGGUAUCACCUGCGGUGUGGGCUGCGUGACUGCUGCAUCACGGUGCACCUGGGCGUUCGCGCGCGAUGGCGCUAUUCCCGGCUCAAAACUGUUCCGAAAGGUCAACAAGAAUCUAGAUAUUCCUCUCAACGCGAUGAUGCUCGGCAUGGUCAUCGAGAUCCUUUUGGGCCUUAUCUACUUCGGGUCCACAGCUGCAUUCAACGCUUUUUCGGGCGUGGGAGUCAUAUUCUUAACCAUGAGCUACGGCUGCCCGGUUGCUGUCUCUCUGAUUCUUCGCCGUCGUGAGGACAUUAAGCGGGCACAUUUUAAUCUCGGUGGACUGGGCAUCUUUUGCAACAUCGUCUGUAUCGCAUGGACCCUCCUUGCCAUCCCUCUUUUCUCAAUGCCCACGACAAUCCCCGUCACUCUCGAGAGCAUGAACUACGCCUCUGUCGUCUUCGUCGGCUUCGUCGCUAUCUCGGCCUUCUGGUAUUGGAUCUGGGGAUAUAGAAAUUAUGCCGGUCCGCCGACGACCGAGACGGAUUUCAAUUUUGACUUUCCCAGUGAAAGCCAUGUGAGGGAGAAGGCGAAUUGAGUUGAAAUAUGAUAACUGUUGCAGUUUUAUAUACCAGAUCAUAUGAGAAGGUAGUACAUAAAAGUUUGGUAUUAACUCUUGACAAUCAUGUAUCCGAGAGAUAGUUAAGAACGAAAUACCAG